AUGUCUGGAUUCAAGCUAGCUCGGCCCCCGUACGACGCCGAACUCGCAAUUAUUCGCGACACCUUCCCUCCAUUUGGGCCGAUCACCAAUGAGCUUAUCAUUGCGCACCAUCAAGACCCAAGUCUCUAUGGGCCACUUCCGAGCGUGUCAGACCUUAUCAAAGGACGUCCAAUUGUGCACAAGGAGUACGAAAUUGCAGGCUUCAAGGCUGAAGAUCCGCCAGUCCUCCUUUCGGUCUUUACACCAACCUCAUCAUGUGAUAAUAGGCCAUGUAUCUACUUCAUGCACGGGGGCGGUAUGAUCUUUCUCAAUCGCCAUGUGGGCCUGGAGCAGCCCCUCGACUGGAUAAUGGAGACGGGGUGUGUUUUGGUCAGUGUUGAGUACCGCCUGGCCCCGGAGAAUCCACAACCAGCGGCAUUGCAUGACUGCUACGCUGGCCUCCGCUGGAUUCACUCUCAUGCGGCUGAUCUCCUUGGUGUCGACCGAACACGGAUCAUGGUCGCUGGGCACUCAGGAGGUUCAGCGCUGGCUUCAGGUAUUGCCCUGUUCGCGCGAGACCAGGAGGAUGGCCUAGGCAUCUGCGCCCAGCUGCUGGCUUGUCCGAUGAUCGACGACCGCAAUACUAGUACCAGUAGCAGGCAGUUUGAAGAUGAGGAGCCGUGGGAUCGCAAGAGCAACGUAGCUGCUUGGGCUGCCGUCUUGGAGCACCGUGGGGACGACUACGGCCUUGCCGUCAGUCCUUAUUUCGCUCCAGCGAGGGCAGAGGAUCUCUCCGGUCUUCCUCCGGCAUGGAUAGACGUCGGUUCGACUGAUGUAUUUCGAGACGAGGCCGUGUCCUACGCUAGCCGACUGUGGGAGGCUGGCGUGCAGGCUGAGCUACAUGUCUGGCCGGGAGGGUUUCAUGGCUUUGAUAUGUUGGCCCCGAACUCUACGCUGGGCAAAAAGGCCAUCCGAGCUAAGAUGGACUGGAUCAAAACAAUAUUUGGCACCAAAGACUAA